AUGGCUGACCCGUCUGCCCAGCAUGCGCCUGCCGCUGAGCCCUCCGCCUCGACCUCCUCCGUUUCCGGCAUUGACCAACCCAGUUUACGGUCGCCGACCGAGAGUGACUCCUCGCUACCGAUCGGCCGUGCCAUCGACGAGAGAAAUGGAUUCGAACUCCAACAGAUUCCGACUCAGGAGGACAAUGAGAUGGAUGAUCUCUCCUCGGGAUCGAUAUCCUCAGGGGAAUGCCGAGUCACUACCCGUCGCACGGUAUCCCGGAGCAGCUCCAGUCGGCAGCCACGCAAGGGGGUCCUGGGGUCCAUCCAACGAUUCUGGGCAAAUAACGUUUCUUUGACGGUGCCACAGAAGAGCAAUCGCGACCAUUUUGCGUUGGAACGAACAUUCUUGGCGUACAUCCGUACAUCGAUCACCGUUGCCAUGCAGGGUGUGUUGGUCGCUCAGCUGUUCCGUCUGCAGCGCUCGACCGCUGUCCAUGCUCCUCUGGGUUACUUCAGAGUUGGGAUACCUCUUGCGGUGACCUGUCAUGUGGUCGCCAUUCUGGUUGCUUUGAUGGGAGCGCAUCGGUUUUGGAGACAGCAGAGCGCUGUAGCACAUGGGAAGGUCCAUGCAGGGGGGUGGGAGCUAAAUGGAAUAGGGAUUUUUAUUGGUCUGAACAAAACUGUGCUGAAUCGCAAUAUCCCAUGGCACAACCCACAUACUCCUUUCCGGGGUUACUGCGGGAAGACCUUCGAUUCCACAUCAGGUCCCUGGAGGCGGAGCCCUACAGCUGCGGCUUUCCCAGAGUUCGAAGGGACGCCAUCAGCAUUUCCAUCACAGGCGGAAUCCCCGUACAUUUCAGGGAGACUGCACCCUAUUCGGCGGGCCAAUCUUCUGAAUCUGCCCGAUAACAUUGCCAGUCAACUGGAUGGUAUGCGUCGCCCCCAGCUUCCGCGCAAUCUCCAACCGCUGCGGAGUCCUAUCGAUGACGAUGAUUUUCUUCGCUCGGCGGACCUUGGACCCCAUGAUCGCGCUCAGCGGGCGUUACCUCUGAAACCAGUGAUCGUGGAGCCAGGCUGCACAGUCAGUGUGUUCAUCACUACCCGCGCCGGUCUGCAUCCCAGUGCGCAAAACAUCGUGAAGUCGUAUUGCUAG